AUGGAGAAACUCAACACUGAGGACGGGCAGCUCUUCAUAAAGAGUCUCGCUAGGUUCGUCCGUACCCAUGAAAAGGCCCUCGCGAAUGCGAUGCAGAUGAGGCGGCAGUCGAGAAGCGUCGACCUCUCCUCGUCCCAGUCAAAUUCUGCCGUCCACAACAACAACAUCAACAACAACAGCAACAACAACCACAACGGCCAUAACAACCACAACCACCUGCUGCUGCAACAGCAUGGCGCUUCAGGACGCACCUCGACUGCCUCUGCGCUCGCCGCAGCUCUCUCGCUGGGAACACUCGGAUUCGCCUCAGACUCCGUCCGGCCUGCCAGACUGACCCUGACUCCCCACCACCUCUUCUACCUGCUCUCCCGCUUCGAGGAGCUCUCCGUGCCCGUGGGACCGCUCAACAUCCGGCUCGAGAACAUCAACAACGAAACCUCCUCUGCCUACGUUUCCUUUCUCAGCAAACCACAGCGGCCUCGUGGCGGUGCAGGAGGCAGCGGUGGAGGGAUAGAGACUCGAUACAUUCCGUUUCCAGCGUCCGCAGCCCUCGGAGCAUUUACCUCCAGGGACUCGGUUUCAAAGUCAGACAAGGCCAAGGCAGCCCUGGAAGCAGAUCUCAAAUACCUCUACUCGUCCUUCACCAAGAUCCCCUGCCUUAGGCUGGCCCCGGACCACCGUGCCAGGCUUAUCAGCGGCUACGAGGAGUUCCCCUUUGAUACCGCGGUGCCCUUGCAUUCCUUCAAGAACCUUUCUGCCCUGGAAAUCAUCGAUGUAGACUUUCGCUCCUUUUUUGGCUGGGAUAGGCUCGCCGAGCAGCUGAGGUCGCUUACUCUCAAGCGCGCCCAGCUAGAGGAUAUUGGUGACUUGCUGACCGGGAUCGUACUCGAUGACAUUGACAAGCGUAGGCGGAGGUCUUCCAAGUCUCAGCCUUCUCCAGUCCUUGGUUGGCCGUCUAGUAGUAGCCAUCAUAGUCAUAGCCAUAGCCAUAGCCACUUCUCUUCCACCGCUCCAGAGCUGGGGAAGUCUCUGUCUGCUCCAGGAUCCCCCCUUGGUGAUACCGUCUUUGGAACCAGUGCCAGUCCCCCCAAGGAAAGCUCCGCGGCCAUGCUCAGAGGUGACUCGUCUGAAGGUGCUGCAGGCGGUAGCAGGAAGAAGCACGGCCGUGCUGGAAGUAUCUCUCCGGGAAGGCCCUCCAGCAGCUCAAACAAGCCUGGAUCCAGCCACCGUCACCACCAUCACCAUGGUCAUCAUCGAGGCCAGUCCUCCAAGAUGAAAAGAUCUGGCUCAGGUAGCUCUGACUCUGGCGAGUCCUUUUCCACUUUCUUCCACCGUGACCGUGGCAUCUCCAACAUGAUGGCCUCCACCUCCACUGCGGCAUCCGCCGGGAACAACAACUGCAAUAACACAUGCCUGAGCCCCUUUAAGUGGCGUUUCCUCAGACAUCUCAACCUCACGGAUAACUCCCUUACCAGUGUCACUGUAGCCAGUCUUGCCCCAGUAGCAAAUACCUUGCACUCCCUUGACCUGUCCUGGAACCUCUUCACUGAGGUGCCGGACAGCCUUGCUUCCCUCGUGGCCCUCAGAUCCCUGAAUCUAUCCCACUGCAUGAUAGAUUCGCUGCACUCUCUUUCCCGCAGUCCCCUGCCGGCCAUAACCUCCCUAAACCUCCGCGGCAACAGACUUCGCUCGAUAGCCGGCGUUGAACGCCUCCUCUCGCUCGAACGUCUUGACCUGCGUGACAAUGCCAUUACGGAUCCCGUGGAACUGGCCCGGCUCACUGCCAUUCCUUACAUUCGCGAGAUCUGGAUUUCCGGAAACCCCUUUACAAAAUCUCAUCCAGGACACCGGGUCACCAUCUUCAACCUCUUCAGACAGACGCCCGGAUACCCCGAGGACAUCUUCAUUGACAACACGGGGCCGUCGUACUCGGAGAGGAAGCAGCUUGUCGAGCGAGUUGCAGAGCCUGAAGCUGCCCCUGUCAUUCGAAAGUUUGAACAGCAGGCUGAUUCUCAGGCUGAAGGUGUACCCAUCACAGUUUCCUCUGCAGCUGGUGCUGCUGGUGCUGGUACUGGUGCUACUGCCGUGGAUCAAGAGCUGUUGUCGCCAGAGACGCAUGUGGUGAAGCCUCGUGGUUCAUCGGUGGCCGCAGCAGAUGUGACCUCUCCUCGUCGCAAGAAGCAUCACAGGAAACGUGUUGUUGGUCUCAGCACCAACGAUACUUCUAGUACUACUACUAACACCACUACUACCACAAGUAGUAGUAGUAGUACUGUGCAUGCUGCUGUGCCCGUGUCUACCAUGCCUGCACUUGCACCUGCGCUUGCACCUGCUCCUGCUCCUGUUCAGCUGGAGAGCAAGUUCCCUGAGGGUUCCAUGGUUCGAAGUCAGCCUGUCCCCGAUCCGUUCGUCGACUUGCCAACGCCAAAACCAAAUCCGAGAGAGAUGCUGCUGCAGCAGGAGCAGGAGCCGCUAGUGUCUCCGACCACUGUUGCCUCUGUUCAUACUGCCAGGACUCCAACUCCUGCGUCAGAUGACUCUCCAAAGCCGGGUACAGCCACAUCCAUAUCUACCACCACCACAGCCACCGAAGUUGAAACGCCCAAAGGCCGUACCGCUUUCACUGGCCUCGACAACAUCGACUGGGACGUCAGCGGGGACAUCUACCGCCAACGUCUGGAAGCUCUCAAACAUGAAGUCGGGACGAACUGGCUCACUGUCCUUGGUGACGACAACCUGGGCUGGGCCAACAACACCAAGAACAUCAACCUGCACACCCAGGCCCCGGAUUUUCACCACGCCGCCGCAGCUCCAAUAAGACCUCCACCCCCGAUCGCUCGAACAAGUAGCCAGAUCAUCGUAACUGGUGGCCGGGCUCUUGGUUGA